ACAAAAAAAAUUCUGUCCGAUCUGAAAUCUGUGUUGCCUAAUACGUUGCAUGGCGAGGCAUUCUUGUAUUUAUUUAAAAAAACAUGUAAAAUUUUCCCUUAUUCAUCCCCCCCUAGUACUAGCCGUUAGUGUCUUGUAGUAUCUUGACUUUUAAAAGCUUUUGAAUAGAAUCUUUAUUUUAGAGAUAUAAAAGAAAAUAAAAAUAUAAACCUUGCCUUGCGUCAGCUCAGUUGUCACUUGUCACUUGUCAGUUCUAAAACUAACAAAUGGAUCAUGGCUACCAAGAAAAUAGGAAGUUAUUUGUUUAUUAUUCUAGUUAUACAUUCAGUGAUAGGAGAACUUCAGAGAAUUCCAGAGCUGCGAGAGGAUCCAGAGGACGACUAUGACAUUGUUAAUGUUAAUGAUCCAGGGGAACCACCUCCUGAUCUUUUAUCUCGACAGCAAAAUCCAAACUCGAUACAAAAUUCACAUUUAAAGCGUUAUAAGUGCCACUCCUGUGAACCACCUGACUGUUCCAAACUUACAACAUGUAGAAAUGCUAUACAGUGCUGGAAGUCACGUGUCAGAGAAAGCAAUGGGGAAGAAAGUAUUACAAGAGGUUGUACAGUGGAUCAAGAACAGCUUCCUCUCUAUUGCAGGGCAGCUGCCGUUACUGUCCAGCAUAAAAGACAUGCCAGUGGCCAGUUUAAAAUUGAGUGCUGCGUGGGAGAUUUUUGUAACGAUGGGGAAUUUCCUGAAUUGCCUCCCAAGUUUGAGGAAAGCAGUCAGUACGCAGAAUCGUUAAUGUAUGGAAUGAAAAUUGUGGCAGCUGUAUUAGGACCAUUAGUAGUAUUUGGAACUAUUGGUAUUAUUGCAUUAUAUUUUCUAAGGAGAUAUUACAGAAAUAGAUUAUGUAAUGAAAACAGAAUGGAUCCAGACACUUACUAUGCAAGUGACGAUUUGCUCAGGGCAACGGCAGCAGGAGAUAGCACUUUAAGAGAGUAUUUGGAGCAAUCUAUGACAUCUGGUAGCGGUUCAGGUUUACCAUUAUUAAUUCAACGAACAUUAGCGAAGCAAAUUUCUUUGGUAGAGUGUAUUGGAAAAGGCAGAUAUGGAGAAGUAUGGAAGGGAAUGUGGCAUGGAGAAAAUAUUGCUGUGAAAAUAUUUUUUUCAAGAGAUGAAGCAAGCUGGUCGAGAGAAACAGAAAUUUACAGUACAAUUUUACUCCGCCAUGAAAACAUAUUGGGCUACAUUGGAUCUGACAUGACUUCUAGGAAUUCUUGCACCCAGUUGUGGCUAAUUACGCAUUAUCACUCCUUAGGUAGUCUGUACGAUUAUCUAAAUCAUACUUCCUUAUCCCAUCAGCAACUAAUGAGACUGUGUUUAUCUUUAGCGAAUGGUCUUGUCCAUCUACACACUGAAAUAUUUGGGACACAGGGAAAACCGGCAAUAGCGCAUAGAGAUAUUAAAAGCAAAAAUAUAUUAGUAAAAAACAAUGGUACCUGUUGCAUAGCUGAUUUUGGGCUAGCCGUAACUCAUUUCCAAUCUACCGAUGAAGUGGACAUUGGGUCCAAUCCAAGAGUUGGAACGAAACGAUAUAUGAGUCCAGAGGUUCUAGACGAGACGAUACGAAUGGGUCAUUUUGAUUCGUUCAGGAGAGCAGACGUGUAUGCACUUGGCCUGGUUUUCUGGGAAAUGUGCAGAAGGACGGUGAGCAACGGGAUUGCCGAAGACUACAAACCGCCCUUUUUCGAUGUCGUGCCUAGUGAUCCGAGUUUUGAAGACAUGAGAAAAGUUGUCUGUGUGGAUCAACAGCGUCCUAAUUUACCUAACCGAUGGGCCAGUGAUAUAUUGUUAGCUGGAAUGUCAAAACUAAUGAGAGAGUGUUGGCAUCAGAAUCCAAACGUUCGCCUGCCGGCGCUUAGAAUCAAGAAAACUUUGUUGAAGUUAGCUAGUUCAGAUACAGUUAUAAAGAUGGAAGAUAUGGAAAUUUGCGUCUGAAGCGAAAAUAUCGGUAUUUAAUCAAAUUAUUUAGUACCGAGAAGCGUUGGGUUAUAUACGAUUUAGAGGAACAGAUUAGAGGAUAGUGACGUUGACCGAAAUAAAGAUGAAAAGCAACUAUAUCGUAAUAAAGUAUAGUCACAUUGUUGAUUUUGGUAAUUUCAGUCGAUCUGAUAUCGUACCAAUGACAGAUUUUUUUAUUCAUUCAAUACGACAAAUGUGCAUUAUUCCUUUGACAGUAUAUUCUAUCCUACAUCUGCA